AAUGGAGGAGGAAUAUGGAAUUCCCAGUUCGAGCUCAACUUCUGCAAGUUAUGAUCACAUCGGAAAUUUUUAUAGACCUAUUACCGAUGAUUUAAAGUUUUUAUCUGCUGCCAAAGAAGAAUCUUUAUCCAAUCCUAUUUCUAACAAAAUAAACUUGAAGAUUGAAGAUGAUAAGGCUGUUAUUGAUCGUGUUAAGGAGUUUAUGAAAGAUUUUAAAGAACCAUCAAAUUUAUAUGGUUUUAAAUAUUUAAUUGAAGACCUUGAAAUUAAACCAUCUGCAAAAUUAUUAGGACUAUUGGUUGAGGCACUCUUAUUGCUCAGUGAUUCUUCUUCAUUUAAAUAUUAUACAAUUGACACUAUCCCACAUUUAGAACUACAUCUUCGUACCUGGGUUGCAGUUUUAGAAUUGGUGUUUUAUUCUCCUAUCGUAUUAACUCGUGAAACUCGUGAUAAACUUUAUAGUAAUCUAGAUAGUUUCGUUGACAUUCACUAUCGGACAACUGAAGUAUUUAAUCAGGGUAUUAAUCAUAGCUUUAAGCCUAAAUUUAA